AUGACGAUAAGCUACUGUCAGACAAUAAUGCGCUCACCACAGCGCGACGUAACGGUUCGGCGGCUGCAUUCUUACGAAUCGGUUGUGUCGAAGUCGAAGUUGGCCGGAUCGUGUCACUCACGAUGGCCUGAACACCGAGUGGUGGCCUUCAUGGGCAAACCGAGCGAGCAGCGGAGAAAUGACCUACCGACUGGCCGGUCGACAGACGACAAGCGCGCGACAACAAACGGUCAGUCGGUCGCACGACGUAAGACAACAGACGAUGACGAGGUCGAUUACUCGUCAUCCCACAUGACCUCCACUGUGUCUGCGGAUACUUACAUCAUGUGCAACGAUCAUCAAGGCCGGCUACAGUCCUUCUGCGUGCAAUGCGACAACGACAGCGGCAUACGAUCCACCGAAUUCGUUUCUAUUUCUGUCUCUGAAACUGGGGCAGUAACCGGUGCUGAACGCUCGCUCACUGACUCCCUUGUAAAAAGUCAUGAAGUUGUACGCCGUCUAGUUACGCGGCAGGAGGUGAUCGGUCGGCAGGCAGGUAUAUAGUA